AUGAGCUGUGCAGGAGAAGUUGAUGCGAAUCAAAAGAAGUUUGUUGAGCGAUUGCGAGAAGCCAUUGCUAUACCAAGUGUUUCCGGGCAACCAGAACGACGUGCAGAUGUUGUACGCAUGGUCCAGUGGACAAAAAUGCAAAUGGAAGGAUUAGGCGCCAAAGUGGAGCUGUGCGAAACUGGAAAACAAACAUUAUCAAAUGGUUCCAUAAUCAGUCUUCCACCAGUUUUAUUUGGUACCUUUGGUAAUGAUAAGGCCAAGAAAACACUUCUCAUUUAUGGUCAUUUAGAUGUACAGCCUGCCGAAAAUUUGGAUGGUUGGAAUACGGAACCUUUCAGUCUCGUCGAAAAGAAUGGAAAAUUAUUUGGUCGUGGCUCAACCGACGAUAAAGGGCCAGUAGUUGCAUGGAUAAAUGCAUUGGACACAUUGCGUAAAUGUGAAAUUCCAAUACCAGUCAAUAUAAAGCUUUGUUAUUUAAAGUUCUGUUUCGAAGCAAUGGAAGAAAGUGGUUCGCUAGGACUGGAAGAAAUACUGGAAAAGAAAAAAGACACUUUUUUGAAUGAUAUCAACUUCACUUGCAUAUCUGACAGUUAUUGGCUUGGCAGAACUAAACCUUGCAUUUCAUACGGCUUGAGAGGUUUGUGCUAUUAUUUCAUCGAGAUAACCGGUUGCAAGCAAGACUUACAUAGCGGUGUGUUCGGAGGUUCUAUAUACGAACCAAUGUCAGAUUUAAUUUGGAUAAUGAGUCAAUUAACGGAUGUGGACGGAAGUAUUAUGAUCGAAAGUAUUAUGGAUUUAGUGGCUCCAGUAACAGAUGAAGAAAAAAAAUUGUAUGAAACCCUCGAUUUCGAUAUGGAGGAGUAUCGUGCCGAUAUUGGUGCUAUCAAAUUAUUAAGCGAUUCCAAAGAAAAGUUAUUAAUGAAUCGUUGGAGAUAUCCUACUCUUUCAUUGCAUGGAAUCAUCGGAGCAUCUAGUGGCGAAGAUGCGAAAACGGUCAUUCCAGCGAAAGUAAUUGGAAAGUUCAGCAUUCGACUCGUACCAAAUAUGGAGCCAGCGAAGGUGGACAGCCUUGUUAUUCAUCAUUUGAACUCAUUAUGGAAGACUAGAGGCUCUCCCAACUGUUUCGAGGUCAAACCACUUCAUUCUGGUGUUUACUGGUUGUCUGAUUUCAAGGAUCCUCACUAUCAGUGUGCAGCGAGAGCCAUCCAAAAAGUGUAUGGAGUGGAACCGGAUUACAUUCGGGAAGGUGGUAGUAUACCAGUGACCAUAACUUUUCAAAAACUGACCAGAAGUAGUGUGCUGUUAUUGCCCAUCGGAUCAUCAGAUGAUAUGGCGCAUUCACAAAACGAAAAAAUAAAUUUGGUAAAUUAUAUACAGGGCAUCAAAUUGCUAGGAACGUACAUUCUUGAACUGUGCAAUCUCUAA